UAACAAAAGAGAGCAACGAGAAUUGUGCGAUGAAAAUUCAGCAGCAACCACCACUAUAAUUAUAACUGUAUCUCUAUAACUUGAAUGAAAUUGAGUACAUACAGAAAAACAUUAAAACAUCGCAUCGUUGCAGUAGUCGAUCGCGAAUAUUAGCAAGCAGACGUCUUACUCGUACUUUUAGUUUCUAUUCUUUUUUAAUUAAUUAAAGAAUGUCUGAAGUUAUUGUAAAAGCUAAACAGGGGUUGCUACGGGGUAAAGUAGUGGAAGAUGUCAGAGGAGAGAAACACUACGCAUUUUUAGGAAUUCCGUACGGGAAACCUCCUGUGGGAGCUCUUCGAUUUAAGGCCCCGCAACCUGCAGAUAGUUGGUCUGGUGUUCGAGAUGCUCUUGAAGAAGGAAAUCCUUGCAAAUCGAAACAUUCUGAAAAAUUUCACUUGCAGGGAGACGAAGAUUGUCUCUAUCUCAACGUUUACACACCGCAGCUACCUUCCUUAACCCCAGAAAAGCCUCCCCUUGCUGUGAUGGUGUGGAUCCAUGGUGGAGGAUUCCAUACCGGAUCUAGCACCGCUGACACUUAUGGUCCCUUUUUUAUUCUCACUGAAAACGUAGUUUUCGUUUCUAUAAAUUAUCGCCUGGGUAUAUUUGGUUUUUUAUCUUUCGAUGAUCCAUCAUUAGACAUCUCAGGCAAUGCUGGUUUGAAAGAUCAAGCUCUGGCUCUGAAAUGGGUAAAAGAAAAUAUUUCAGCAUUUGGUGGUGACGAAAAUAACAUUACAAUUUUCGGAGAAAGUGCUGGAGCAGCUUCUGUACAUUAUCAAAUAUUAUCGCCAACAACAAAAGGAUUUUUCCAUAAGGCAAUACUACAAAGUGGUGUUGCUAUUAACCCUUGGGCUCAAGGAAGACAUUUGUCUGACGAACUUGCGGAAAUUCUAAAAAUUCCUGGAGCUAGUGAAAAAAAAGUUUACGAAGAACUUAUGAAAAAAAACGCCGACGAACUUCAUGAAUUGCAAAUUGCAGUUCCUGAUCACUUCGAAUCGGGUCGAAAAAGGCCAUGGGUACCAGUAAUAGAAAAACCAAGCCCAAAUGCAUUCAUUACGGAAGAUCCGAUAGAAAUUCUUAAGUCUGGCAAAUUUCAUAAAAUUCCUAUUCUCAUGGGCUACACAAGUAGAGAGGGGUUGCUAAUGUAUGCUUUCAGUACAAUGGCAAACAAAAGUCCAAUUAUAGAAGAUACAGAACAAGAGGUUCCACAUUUCUUAAACUUUAAAAAGGGAAGUCCAGAAUCGAAAAAAAUUGCUGAAUCAAUUAAAAAUUUUUACUUCGGCAAAGAAGAACCUUCCAGCGAAAAUAUAGACAAGGGGAUACUGUUAACUUCUGAUACAUUCUUUAUUAGAGGGAUUCAAUCUGCAGCUAAGCAUCACGUAAAAUCCAGUGGGCAUCCGGUAUACCUUUAUAGGUUUUCCAUCGAUGCUGGUCUAAAUUUUCUUAAAAACAGAUUAAUGAAACUAAAGGAAUCCGGUACUUGUCACGCAGACGAUUUAGGAUACAUUUUCCAUUCCGAAUGGACUCCGUAUAUAGUGCCCGAUAGUCACGAAGAUAUAAUUCAAAGAAGCGUUUUGCGCCUUUGGGCGAAUUUUUCAAAACAUAGUAACCCAAACGUUGGUCCAAAGGAUAACCUUAUCAAAAUUGAAUGGAAACCUAUCGAUCAAGACACAUUACAUUUCCUGGACAUCGGAGAAAAUCUGACAGUAGGUGUAGAUCCUGAUCAAUCGAGAAUGGAAUUCUGGAAUAAAAUCUUCAAGGGUUAUGAUCACGCUAAACACUAUAAUGUUCUGUGCUACUUAUACGAUAAAGAUAAAACGUGUUUAUCUUUAAUUUAUGCUGUUAUUAUCAUCGAACUGUUUUUUUCAGUAUGGACCGGGACCAAAGAUGAAAUGCAGUUUUCGCCUAUAAUAGAAACGAAACAAGGGUUACUGAGGGGAAUAGUCAAGGACAAUACAUAUACCAACAUUCCUUAUUUUGCCUUCCUUGGUGUACCGUAUGCCCUUCCCCCUUUAAAUGACCUGAGAUUUCAGUCUCCAAAGGAACCUCAAACAUGGGAAGGAGUUCGUGAUGUUAUAGAUGAACAGCCAGGAUGUUAUUCAAGGCAUCCCAUAUUUGGAAGUAUUGUUGGUUGCGAAGAUUGUUUAUAUAUAAAUGUCUUUUCUCCUGAGCUUCCAGAAAAGAAAGUGGAUUUUGUUCCUAAGCCCGUUAUGGUAUACAUUCAUGGAGGAAGCUUUAUACAGGGAUCAGGAAGUCUUGAACUUUAUGGUCCAGAGUUUCUGAUUGCCGAAAACGUUGUACUCAUUACCUUCAAUUAUAGGGUCGGACUUUUAGGUUUUCUAAGUUUACAAGAUCCAUCGCUAAAAGUUCCUGGAAAUGCCGGCUUGAAAGACAUUGUAAUGGCCCUGAAAUGGAUUCAACAAAACAUUGCCAGUUUUGGUGGAGAUCCUCAAAACGUAACCAUUUUUGGCUGCAGCGCUGGAGCAGGAUCAGCUCAUCAUUUAAUAGCGUCUCCAAUGGGCAAAGGUUUAUUUCAUAAGGCUAUAUUACAAAGUGGUUCCUUGUUUUGUCCCUGGUCAAUAGGAACUGGCUACGUAGAUCAUCUUAAAGAGGUCCUCCACAUAACAAACGAGAAAGAUAUGUUAGAAGUACUAAGGUCAAUUCCUGACCAUCAGCUUUUGGAGCUCCAAGAAAAAUUAAAAGAGACACACGGAAAUCUUAAUAAACGAGUUCAUGGGCCUGUUAUUGAGAAAAAUAAUUCAGGAGAAGAGCCAUUUCUUAGCGAAGAUCCCUUAGAUUUAAUUCUUUCCGGAAGAUAUAAUAAGGUUCCUAUAAUAAUAGGAUAUUCCAAUAGGGAAGGGCUUGUUUAUGCAAUAUAUAAUAAACUAUCGGAUGGUACGAUUCAGCAGUUACCCAGUUUCGAACAGAUUAUUCCCCAGUGGCUCGGAUAUCCCAACGGUAGUAGUGAAUCCAAAACUAUAGCAGAACAAAUAAAGAGAUUUUAUUACGGCGAAGAGGAGCCCUGCAUGGCAAAUGUGGACAAUUUAUAUUUGCUUUUAGGCGACUCUUACUUUCUUUCUGGCAUCGCAUUUACCGUACGCGCCCAUGUACAUACAUCCUCUAUGCCUAUAUAUUUGUACAGAUUCUCUAUCGAUGGUCGGCUUAAUUUAUAUAAGAGAAGUUUAAAUUUAGAAUUUUACGGUGCAUGCCAUGCUGACGAAUUAGGAUAUCUCUUCAAAGGAAUACUGUCCAAACAGUUAACUCCAAAUUCAAAAGAAGAAAUAACUAUGAAAAGAAUGACGAAAUUGUGGACAAAUUUUGCCAAAACCGGGGACCCAAAUCCUGCAGAGGAAGAUAGCUUAUUGAAUGUGAAAUGGGAAAAAUGUGGACUAAAUGCUAUGAACUUUUUGGAAAUUGGGGACGAUCUAACAACUGGAAAAAAUCCAGAUUAUAACAGAAUGAGUUUCUGGGAUGAUAUUUACAAAUCUAACCCAUCAACAUCUAAACAUUUUAUUGUUGAAUAAAAUUGCUUAUUAAUAAUAAUUUAUGUAUAUCUAGUAUUCAAAAUAGAUUAUUAUUACACAUAUACCAAACA